AGGCUCCGGCGACUUGUUCCUGGUAGAGGAGUGCCAGCUGGUGCUGCUGGCGUGCUGCAGCGUGCUGGUGCCGCAUGAGGGCAGGAACUUCCAGCAGGGGGCGCUGCAGGAGCUGGCCCAGGGCACCAGGAGCAAGGUGGAGGCGGUCGGCGCUGCGGGCUACAGCAGCGUGCUGCGGCUGUCGUGGGGGCUGCUGGCGGUCAGCUCGCAGGCGGCCCUGCAGGACGGAGUGGGCUGGGUGCGAGAGGCGCUCAAGGCGGGGGCGCUCACGUUCCUGCGGCAGGUGUUCCAGCACCCCCACUUCAAGCUGGACGAGCAGGCUCACCGGCACUCGGUGGCCGCCACGGUGCACCAUGUGGUGGCGACACUGCUGCGGACGGACGCGGAGAGGACGGCAAACAGCUUCUUCUCCCAGCUGCUGCUCCGUUCCGAGUCCGCCAUCCGACCCACGGGUCACGCCGGCCACGCCGUCCUCUCCUACGUCCCCUUCCCCCCCGAGUCCCCCGAGGCUCGUCAGGACCACCUGGGCAGUGUGUUGGGGCUGCUUGCGGACUGCUUCGACGCCUUCCCCGAGCUCUACCUGAGCAAUCUGGCGGAUCAGGAGGCGGGGCAGCGGCCGGUGAAGGAGCUGCUGGACCGGGCCAUCAACCACCCCAUCAUGAGGAGCUCGCCGGAGGUUCGCGUCCCCUUCCUGCAGCUGAUGGCCUCCCUGGCCGGCAGCGAGCGGGGAGCGCACCUGGUGCUGCGACAGAUGGAGGCCAUGGCGCAGGUGCCGGCCCUGGAGGUGCUCACCCUGCGCAAGCUCUUCCACACGGUUCUCAACUACUGCCUGCGCUUCUUCGCCACCAUCAGCGAGAUGCAGCGGCAGCAGCAGCUGCAGAUGCAGGGGGGCAUGGGGGGAGCGCUGCAGGGCGGCUCCCUGUCGCAGUACGAGGCGCUGAUGAACCCGCACGAGGCGGACAUCCUGGUGGCCUUCCUCAAGCUGCUCAAGCGUAUCCUGCAGCACGGGCGCCCCGGCGAGGUGUCCUCCUUCUGGUCCGCCAGCUCAGCCGACCUGGCGCCCUCACUCAACGGAUUCCCGCUGCACGAGCCGCUCUUCCAGCUCAUGUGCUACCCCGUGCAGAACAACGUCAAGGCUGCCCUUGACGAGGUGUUGGGUGCGCUUGCUGCCGCUCUUCCCGAGGGCGCCCCGCGGCUGCUGGAGCGGCUGCUGCAGUGCACCGUGGUGCGGCCGCAGGGGGCGGUGCUGCCGACUGUUCCCCGCCUUGACAUCGUGCAGCAGCUGAACGAGGUGGAGGCGCGGCGCGAGGAGUACCCGGAGACGCUGGCGCUCAUCCGCCUGCUGAAUGCGCUGCUGGGG